UUCUACGCAAGUAAGUCAUCUAAGUGCUUAAGAUUUAAAAAGUGUUUAUCUCCUCCAGCUUGCAUGUCCUUAAUAGGCUGCACCCCGGCACUCCCAGGCUGCUCCCCUGCCUGAGUCACAAGGUCCAGACGUCCCUGCUCCACUUCCCUCUGCAGGCCAAGGCGUUACGUUACUUCUCCUCCUCCUCUGCUCUCGCUUUCUCACUCCCAGCUCUCCUCAGUCCUCUGUCCACUGUCCUGUGCGUCCUCCCUUUCCUCCGCGGCCCUCUCCAACACUGUGGAUUCAUGCUCAGCUCUCGCCCUCCUCGGUCGCCAUGCAGAACAACCACAAGGAGCAUCUCUAUAAGAUUCUUGUGAUAGGAGACCUCGGGGUCGGAAAGACCAGCAUCAUCAAGCGGUAUGUGCAUCACAACUUCAGCCCCAACUACCGAGCCACCAUCGGGGUGGACUUCGCUCUCAAAGUCCUCAACUGGGACCAGGAGACGGUGCGUCUGCAGCUGUGGGACAUCGCAGGUCAGGAGAGGUUUGGCAACAUGACCCGUGUGUACUACCGCGAGGCCAUGGGUGCCUUCAUCGUGUUCGACGUCACACGGCCCGCCUCCUUUGAGGCCGUCACCAAAUGGAAGGAGGACUUGGAUUCCAAACUGACACUUGCCAAUGGGAAAAAUGUAGCCACUGUGCUUUUGGCUAAUAAAUGUGACCAGGGCCGGGACGUUCUGACCAAUAACGGAAUAAAGAUGGAGCAGUUCUGCCAGGAGAACGGCUUUGUGGGAUGGUACGAGACGUCCGCCAAGGAAAACAUUAACAUCGAUGAAGCAGCUAACUGCUUGGUGAAACACAUCAUUGCCAGUGAGAACGACAUGCUCCAAUCAGAGGUCCCUGACACCAUUACCCCCCAGUUAGAGAAUGACAAAGGCGGGACAUGCUCCUCCUGCUUCAGAUCCCAGUAACAGCCUCCGACAGCUGGAUGUCCUUUUGUAUCUCAUUACACACAAAGUCGAGUUUGUCUGUGAGCAGGAGAUGGAGGGAGCACUACUUUGACUGUUUCUCUUUUUUUUAAGGAAGCAUGUAGGGUGUCAACUCUUUUCCUGUCUGGUAGCUAUGGUGGGGUGGGGUUAUUGGAUGUGCGGGGGGUGACAGACAGGCAGCUGGCUCAAGAAACAAAGACAGAAAAAAAGAUGGAUGCAGCUGUGUGCACUUGUCAAAGGCAAGGUCACCCUCUGGGCGACUUCAAGCCUUAACACUGCCACUUCGGUUACCAUGGAGACACAGUUAAUGAACACAUGCACAGAGAGAUCACAGCAAAUCACAGUGUAUCUGUACAAAGGUCUGAAGAUGUAUUUUCUGUUUACAAACCACACCAAUUGUCUCUCUUUCUCCCUUCUUCUUUUGCCAAGACUUUUUUUAUGUGCCUGGGUUUGUCUCAGCUUUUAUUUUCUCCUCAUCUGUCCCCAGCAGCAUCUUUUAGUUUCUCGCAUGUCAUUCUGGGCUAAUAAGUGGGCAAAAAGCAAAUAUAUGUACACUUUUCCUCCAGAUAUCCAAAGCAAAUCAAUUUCAGUACAAAUAGAAUAUUAGCUCUGGUUUCUUUAGAUAUGGUUUCAUUUGGUUAUGUUUUUCUUGUCUUACCUCUUGCACAUCUGCCACCUCCACUAAUGUAUAGCAGAUUAUAUUGAUGUUAUUUAAGUGCCUUUUCUAAUACAAACCAUUUUAUUUAUGUCUCCCCAGGAGAAAAAACUGUGAGUCAUAUUUUUUUCUUUGUCUCAUCAGAAAUAAAUCAGCUUCUUAUUUGGAGAUUAUUAAAUUUUGAUAUGUUUCUCCUAAAGCCCCCCUAGAAGAAAUAAGGAGCAAAAGAAUAAAUCAGCAGGAGUUGCUGUA